GUACUAUUUGAUAAGUAAUGGUGUCAGAAUACGUUUGUGAAAUUAAAUAUGAUCGAAGAAUGAAUUUUAUCACGGCAAGGAUUCUGGGAAUCACCAAAAUACAGAAGAGAUUAUUGAAUUCUUGACAAGGUGGAACAUAAAUGAUGAGUUGAGAUGAAGAAAACCUACAACCCAACAGACAUCAACCAAAAUAAGGGCCAAGAGCUCUCCAAAAAGUUAUAUCGAGCUGUUAGUGAUCAAGCCAAACGUUUGGAUGAUGCCAGGAGCUGUGCCCGAAAUAUAGGAGACUUGUUCACUCCAAAUUUACUAGUUCAAAGAAAAAAGUUCUGUGAAUUCAGUGAAAGAUUGAUUUUCACUGAUUACUUAUCAUAUGGGCAUAAAGGAGAAGAGCUAUUAUGGAGAAAAGGCUAUUAUGAUGUAGUCUCCACUGCAAAAAAAUUGAAAAAGAAUGAGUACCAGCCAGAUGAGUUAUCUUGCAUUCAAGCCCAUAUAAACUCUGGUAUUGGAUUUUAUCACCAUAUGAUUUCUCGUUUGCAAUAUGAAUUUAGUUUGAAUAUCAACAAUUCUGUGGAUUUCACAAUGUUGCUGGAUGAUAAUAAACAAUCAAUUGACAAUGAUAAAGAAGCUGUGGAAUGGGCAAAGCAAUCCAUACAUCAAUGUCUCAUUUACUUGGGGGACCUUAAUAGAUACAAAAUUGAGAUUUUCCCAAACUGGGAUUCUACUUUGGCUGUGCGCUAUUACUUGCAAGCCAUAUCUUAUAAACCUGACUAUGGUAUGCCACACAAUCAAAUGGGGAAUUUAGCCUUGAACCAAAAUCACCUUCUCAAAGCUGUUUACCAUUACAUGAGAUGUUUGAGUUGUAAAUUUCCAUUUGAGGGUACUUCCAACAAUUUACUCAGCUUGUUUGAAAAGAACUCCAAGUUCAUUGAACACUUACCUCAGGAAGAUAAAAAUGCUGAUUGUAUUAUAGAACCUGGGCAAUCUGAGAAAAUAAAGAUCUUUCUAGCUAGAUUCCUCCUGCUGAUUGACAUUUGGUAUUUCAACAAAAAAAUACCCAAGGUGUAUGACUUGUGCCAUCAAACUUACAAAAACCUAGAGGAGUGUCUGAGCUUUGUGAAAAGUUCAGUAAGUGAAUCAGGAGAGAGCCCAACAGAUUUUGAAAAUGAUCAAUACCUCACUAGUGACUUGAUCUUUAAGAUGGUAGUGAUUUGCUUGCUGUGCUUGUCCAAACUGAAAUCUGAUAAUUCCUCACAACUGUCCACCCUAAUUGCUUUCAUACUGGGCAUUUACUCCCAAUUGGUGCAAAAUGUGACCAGUCACAUAGAACAGAGUGUUUUGAACUUUCCCAUUACUGAAAACGCAAAGAUCAUGAAGGGUACUGGCAUUUUGAAAGAUUUGAUGAAUGGGUAUAAGAGAUCUAAAACUAAAUUGAGGAGGAGGAAGGCUCUGAAUGCUGAGAGUGAAGAUGAUGAGUCUGAGGGAAGUGAUGCAGGUGGGUAUAGAAGUUGCAGCAGUUCUGAUGAUUCUUUUAUUUCUGAUGAUGAGGAUGUACUGGCUGUAUCAUCUGAUGAAGAGUCUGAUAUUGUGAAGGUUUCCGACGAAUCCAAUUGCGCCACCCCGAAACAAUCUCUCCUCAACGGUCUAUCCAACGGUCACAUCCCCCCAUCAUCACCCCAAGCCACAACCAAAACCAAAGAGGACAUCCUAGCCAAAGUCCGCCUCAUGAACGUCAACGACAUGAUCGAAAUAAUCGCGGAAGAAUCCACUCUGCAGACCAUAAAAAUCCUCAGCGACUGGCUGAAAAACAACCCAGAAGUCCUGAAAUCCUGUGGAGCCAAUACCGGAGCUCUCAUCAGACAAGUCACCAAUUUGCUCAACCUCAUCAACAUCAAUUUGCGUAGCCCCAAAAUUGUAGGUCUCGGAAUCAAGGUGUCCGAGAUCAUCAGCAAAGAGAACGAGAUACCGCUUACUGAAGAUGUGCUGCUCAAAGGGGUCGAAACGCUUGCAGACGCUCACGGGCGCUUGAAUUGGCGGUACACCGACAAACGGGGGUUGUCCCUGAAAGAAGAGGCUAUGGUCAGGGUGGUAAAGUUGAUCGCUUUCGGUAAAUUUUUGACCGGCGUAGGGGAGACAGAGAUGACGUACGAUGAGGGGGCGAACAAGUUCGUUUGUAAAUUGAAAGAGGAUGUCGGCGUUGAUGGGAAGGAUUCCGCAGCUCUGUUGGAUCAGUUGGACUCCGAAGACAGGGACCUUUGCCCCUCGAACGGGUCCACCUCCGCGCGUCCCUCUCGCGAUCUGUCCAAGAUGAAGCACAUGGGCGAGCUGUGGUUGGCGGCGGAGGUGAGGGCACUGGAGAGUCGGGUGGGCGGGUUGGGCAUGGGCGUGGGCGGCAUGGGCGGUAGGGCGGCGUUGUCGCCGUAUCUGGUGCUGGACGCGGAGGCGCUGAUCCGGUACACGUACGUGGCGAAGCAGCUGGUCAACGCUAGGAAGUUUAUCGUGGUGGUGCCAACUACAGUUGUAUCUGCUUUGGAUGAUCUCAAACGUGAAAAAAUCGAAGCAAGAGAUGCUAUCCGUUGGUUAGAAUCCCAGUUCCACAGAGGUAACCGAUUCUUUCGUGCUCAAAGACCUCAAGAAAAAGCUCCAAUACCAUUCAUUAAAUACCCAAAGAAGAAGGACAAAGAGAUGCACACCUACAUCCAAAUCAUAGAGUGUUGUUACUUUUUGGCAGAACAACAAAAAGGAGCAUCUAAUGUCGUUACGCUGCUCAUCGGAAAUCAAAAUGUUUUGACCAAUGGCGAAAAUAAAGAAUUUAGUUACGUUGGAUUGGCUCAGUCCGUUGGGAUUGCCAUCGAGUCGAUCAGUAGCUUUCAUGG